AAUAUAAACCAAAAUUAAAAAAACUUGAGUCGGUGAAUCCGAAAAGGCCAUAAUUGCUAACCUAAUAGGAAUCGGGUAAAAAUAUUUUACCGAAACGCCACGCUUUUUCAAUAAAACGCCUAUAUAAAUAGAGGCCCCUUCCCUCAGAAUUCUCACCGUUUACUCUUUUGCAAUCUCUGUUUCUCUCUCUUGCUUAUCAAUUUCUAGGGUUUGCUAUUUUUCUCUCUCUACAGAUCGACGAUGUCUGCCCCAAAGAAAAUCUUGUUGAAGAGUUCCGAUGGCGAGACUUUCGAGGUUGAUGAGGCUGUUGCUUUGGAAUCUCAGACUAUCAAGCACAUGAUCGAGGAUGAUUGCGCUAACACGAGCAUCCCUCUCCCUAAUGUUACCAGCAAGAUCCUGUCCAAGGUCGUUGAAUACUGUAAGAAGCAUGUUGAUGCGGGUGCUAAGACUGAGGAUAAGGCGUCUGAGGAUGAUUUGAAGAGCUUUGAUAGUGAGUUUGUCAAAGUUGAUCAGGGAACUCUCUUCGAUCUCAUUCUGGCUGCUAACUAUUUGAACAUCAAGAGCCUGCUAGAUCUCACCUGUCAGACUGUGGCCGACAUGAUCAAAGGAAAGACUCCAGAGGAGAUCCGCAAGACCUUCAACAUCAAGAAUGACUUCACACCUGAGGAGGAGGAGGAGGUCAGGAGGGAGAAUGCUUGGGCCUUUGAGUGAAGAAGUGCCCAUAUUUUGAUGCUAUAAACACUUUCUAUUAGUAGUAAAUAUGUUUCUAAUGGAUGUUUGCUUUUGGAACCUUUAGAUUUCGUUGUUCUUAAACUUUUGCGUCACAACUUUUAAGUGGUGGGUUGUUCAAUGAGAAGAUUUGUUUAAAUCCUA